AACACAUGGAUCACCUUUUAUUAUUCUAGUCAUUUUCUACAAUCUGUGACCUCUAGUCUUAGCCGUGACCCCUGAACAAUAUCUAAAUGCCAUGGCAACUGAGUGUACAGAACCUAGUCCAUGUGACCUUUCAACUUUGGCCCUGAGUCACCCAACAGAGGAAACAACUGAUCAAGUUGACAGUCAGGGCAACAUUAACCUUGGGAGGUUGUCUCCAACCAGCCAAGGGGUUGUUUAGCCAAAUAGUUCAACUCCUUCGCAGUCACAAAGCAAAGAUAGGAGUAGAUCACCAAGGCCGUCCAGUCAUACAGUAUGAAGAUACACAUAAACCUGUGUACUGGGAUCCUUCCAAUGCAAACGUCAUUACUACCCCAAAAGUUGGGGAUCAUCAACGGAAGAUUGAUGCUUGUUUAGAACUUAUUGAAUACCUUAAGAAAAACAAAAACCCUUCAGGAGUGAAUCUGGAUCGUUCAAAGAUAAGGCCUAGCAAAGGCAAUUGGUAUGAAGAAGGUUCAGAGUUUGAGAAAACACAGAAUAUUUUGGGUACAGGCAACUCAGCAGGUGACAUAUUUGUGCUGAAGGACAAAAAGACGGAGACUGAGCAUGCUCUGAAGACAAUCAUGAUAUCAGUAUUUCGCAAAGAAGAAAUCGAAGCCUGGGUUGAUCUGGAUAAAACCGGUAUCGCUCCAAGUCUCUACCUCUUCAGAAUCGAAGGAAACAAAGUCCAUAUCCAUAUGGAGAAAUUAGAAAACGUGGUCACUUUGCGAGAGGUUAUUGAUUCUCACAUGGACACCAUCAGAGCCUCCAACCCAGCACUUGUCCGGCCUUUCUCCCUGUGUGUUUUCCAUGGAGUUCUAUCUGCUGUCCAAAAAAUGCAUGACAACAACUGGACACACAAGGACUUGCAUGCUGGAAAUAUGCUGCUCCAAAAAGAAUCUGAUUGCUCCAUUAAAGUUCGCAUUGUGGAUUUUGGAUUAGCGUCUAGACUAGAUGUAAAGGGAGGAUUGGAGGGUUUGCGCUCUGACAUAAAAGAAUCAGUCCGUAAAUUCACAGCUCUAUAUGCAGGCCAAGAGUUCAACAGCCAAAGGGAUUUGGAUGAUGCUCAGACCUGGAAAUCUGACCUGGGUGAGGUGGCAGACCUCCUUCAAUUAAGUGAACAGCAAAGGAUAGAGCUAUUCAGCUUGGUUGACAGUACUCUAGCCAUUGUUGCAGCAUCACAAACACAGAAUGUUGUGAAGGAUGUCCAGAACAAAAUGGAUGAUACAGACCAGGACAAGGUGAUGAAGGAAGUUGUGCCAAUCCUGUUUCCUCUAUGUGAUGUCUACCAGCCCGUUCAUGACGGAGGACAUAGUACCAUUGACUCAAGUGAAAAAGAUUUAGCAGACGGCAGAUUUUGUUCAAAAGAAACAAUGGAUGCAGAUGUUUUACUGAGAAGCCUCCGUCUUGAGAUGGCUGUCGGAAGUGACAUUGAUGGGUGAUUGUUACUGUAGAAAGUUUGAAACCUGUGAAAUAUUGCCUUCUUAACAACGAAUUUACAAAAUAUUUUUGUAUACUGAAUCAGUAUUACUGAUAUAUAUUUUUAUUAUUCAUCAUUGAUGAAAUAUGCAAGUUACACAACACUUCAAAACCAUGUUUUGAUUGAGGUCUUUUAAAUCUGUAUUUAUAUAGACAAGCAAAUUCGUGAAAUUUAUAUCUAUCGCUUUCCUGACAUAUUAUAGGUAAACAUUUUUGAAGUUAGAAGUAAUUAUGUUUAUCAUUUUAGCUUGAGAGAAUGAUAAAUUCUGUUAAAUCAAGGGACAAGAACUAACUUACGUAUAUAAAAUCUGAUUAUAAUCAGAUAAUAUUCAUGGGAGUAAUUGCAUGGAAAUAGCAGAAAACAAAAAUUUUCGUUGAUCAUGUGGCAAUCAAACUCUGGUCAUUAAGGCAUUUAACCUUUAUAUGAAAUUUGAAAAAAAAAACAGUUGACAAAUGUUCCAAUAAUUUCAUGGAAAUGAUAGAAAACAACAUUUUUCGCUAAUUAAGGAGCAAUAACUCCGUCAAAUAUAGUAAGGCAAAAGUUUUGAUGGGCCUUGGAUGAGCCCUUAAGCCAUUUAAUCUUUUAAACAAGUUUGAAGAAAAUCUGUUAACAAUUAUUCCAGUAUGGAAACGACAGAAAAUAAUGUUUUAGUUAAUCAAUGGGCCAUAACUCCAUGUAAAAAGGAGAGAAGUUGUAGUCAUUUACAGGUAGUUAGCAGGGUGAAUUGUUAUUCUAACAAUUAUUUCAACCUGCAGGGUAAUUCAUUACCAAUGCAUGUACAUUCAAUUUGAUGGUCUUUAAAAAUAAGUGUUAUGUUUGUUUAUUCUUUUUUGUUUUUGUUUUUUUGUCAAUUUGGAUAGUUUUCUUCACGUGCUUGAUGCUUGCCUAUUUAUAUCAUUAUUUUACCAAGUAUAUUUUUCAAUUACGUUCUGAUUGUAGAAUUUUAAAGUAAACUUUGAAGAGGUUUGAUUGACAUGUACUUGUAUGUGCUGACCCCUGUUCACAUUUCUGUGGAUUUUAUGGGUACUCCUGUAAGUUGUUGGACAUGCUUGUUAACAUUAGUGAAUUCUAUUAGUGUAAACUAAAAUGUCAAGUGUCCAUGAAACAGUACUUCAAAAAAUCUUUAUAUACAAAAGUAAAAAGAUACCAUAUUCACUAAUAAAAAAGUAUUACUUCGUUAACAGUGUACAUUUAUUAAGUGAUUAAUGAUAAGUGUGCUCAAGAUCAUGUGAAUUUUUAAAAUGUUAGUUUUUUGUCAUAAAGCCAUUUUUUUAUAUGAAAAUAUUUCUUUAGCAUAUUUCACUUUAUUUGCAAAAUAAAAAAAUACAGAAGAACUAAAUCACAUAAUAAUUUUUUAAAAAGUAAUUGGGUUUCCUGGUAUCCAUUAUCAUUUUUGUGUGUAUUAGAUAUAAAUAUUAGGACUGUCAUCGAUGUCUUUGCUGCUUAGGCAGCUAGUUGAUACGUUUGAGCGAAAACAUUAAUGCGUCUUCUGUAAAACAAUACAGGUAUCAUUUCUGUUUAAAUUAAACCUUCAUAAUGCUUGAUAUACACCACUGGUUUCCUAUUACAAUUAUUUAUAUAAGAUAUUAUUGUCUUAAAUGAUUAUAAGAUUUGUAAUUUAACCUUAUUGUGUUGAUAUCAAAGUUUUCUCAAUCAUUGGCAGCCCUACAAACAUUACAUCAAUUUCACAGUAAUUUGUCACAGUGUGGUUCAUUUGCCAUGUCACUUGAUUUUUUAUAGUUAAAUAUUAUGAGAUUCUGACAAUCAAUUUAAUUUUUGUGUAAUAUUUUCACUCGGCCAUAAUUCUGUGUUAUAGUUACAGGUUAAUAUGAAAACUGUUGAGUUUCGUUUAUUUUCUCUCCUAGAUUGGUGAAGAUUAAAAAUUUCUGUUGUUACUAAAAAAUAAUUGCUUUGUAUUUAUCUGGAAUUUUUUCUGUAUCUCUUUAACAGGAAUUAAAGAAUGAAUGUCUAGCAUAUGAUACUGUAAUUUUAAUCUGCAAAUGAUAUUUUUCUGUAUGAACUACAUGUAUAUGGCUAUUGCCUCCUAGCUGCCAUGACAUUUAAGUAUAAAUACAUACAUCUUACUCAUAGAACAUGGGUGUGGAUGUGGUUCAGUGGUAUAUUUAAGUUGCGGGUAUUUCUGGCUAGGCGAUCAGAUGCAGUAGAUCGUGAGUUGGAAAAAGCUUUUUUCAAUAAACCUCAAUUCAUUAAUCUAUACAUUUAAAAAACA